AUGGUCAGCCUCACCCAGCGCCCUCUCAAACCAACCACAGCACUGAAAUCCAUCCGCUCGCUCGCGCCCCUCCUCGAUCGCGUCCUAGUCCAGCGGAUCAAAGCCGAGACAAAGACCGCCGGUGGCAUCUUCCUGCCCGAGUCCUCCGUCAAGGAGCUGAACGAAGCCAAGGUUCUGGCUGUGGGACCCGGCGGAUUGGACAAGGAUGGCAAGCGGAUAACUAUGAGCGUCGCUGCUGGAGAUAAAGUCUUGAUCCCUCAGUACGGAGGCAGCCCCGUUAAGGUCGGCGAGGAGGAGUAUUCCCUCUUUCGCGACCACGAGCUAUUGGCGAAGAUCAAUGAGUAA